AGGCGAAUCUGAUAACCGAGGAGCACAGCUAACGUUACAGAGCACAACUGUCAUGUGCGGUGUACAUUAAAACAGUGCGAAGUUAAAGGACGAUGGAAAAAAGAUGAAAAACGUGGUUUCGUAAAGGCAAAAUGACGGACUGGCCUUCAUCUGUCGAACACAGUCUGUCCGCACCGCUGUCUGACGCUGACAGCGUCUGGACCGGUCAUUAAGACCGAAAGAAGAAGCCCGCGGCUCGCUAAGUUAGCCGAAGAUAAAUGUGAUGAAACUGAUCGGAAUAAGAUUAUUUACUCAGCUUUUCACAGAGAGAGAGGGAGGGAGGGAGGGAGAGACCGAAUUAAGGUUCGUUAAGAUGGCGUCGCAAACUUCUCAGGUGUCCAAGGACAGCAUAACGCCAGUUCAGCAGAUGACAGCCUCUUGUUCCGGGGCGAUACUCACAUCUUUAUUUGUAACUCCUCUAGAUGUAAUCAAGAUCAGACUCCAGGCACAGAGAAGUCCUUUCCCUAAAGGGAAAUGUUUUGUUUAUUGCAAUGGCCUGAUGGAUCACAUAUGCGUGUGUGUGAACGAGAACGGGAAGGCGUGGUAUAAACCUCGAGGUCAUUUCAGCAGCACACUGGAUGCCUUCGUUAAGAUUGUUCGCAUGGAAGGGAUCAAGUCGCUGUGGAGUGGCCUCCCCCCAACACUAGUGAUGGCAGUGCCAGCCACAGUGAUAUACUUUACCUGCUAUGAUCAGAUCUGUGACGCUCUCAGGCUCAGGAUGGGUGAGCAGGCUGACAAGGCGCCUUUAUUAGCUGGAGCGAUCGCUAGAGUGGGCUCUGCUACGCUGAUCAGUCCUUUAGAGCUGAUCCGCACUAAGCUGCAGUCCGAGAGGCAAUCUUACAGAGAGCUGAGCGCUGUGAUCCGUUCGGCCGUGCACACUGAAGGCUGGCUGGCUCUCUGGAGGGGUCUGGGACCAACACUGCUCAGGGACGUACCGUUCUCAGCUAUGUACUGGUAUAACUAUGAGAAGGGCAAAAGCCUCCUGUGUUGGUACAAGUCCAGUGACCCGACCGUCACCAUAACCUUCAUCGCUGGCGCGGUGUCUGGAUCUAUUGCAUCCAUCGUCACACUGCCGUUCGAUGUGGUGAAGACCAGGAGGCAGGUGGAACUGGGUGAACUGCAGGCUAGGAAUCUGCCGGCACAAGGCUCUUCAACAUAUAACAUGAUGAAAAGGAUCGUGGGAGAGAGUGGCAUCAAAGGGCUCUUUGCAGGCUUCAUGCCCAGGCUUAUUAAGGUGGCUCCAGCCUGCGCUAUAAUGAUCAGCACCUACGAGUUUGGCAAGGCCUUCUUCCGCAAGCACAACCAGGAGAAGAAAACACGAGUGCUUGCACUCCAAACCAGCAACACCUGAUCAUCCUUUCAGUCUGCCUUUCCCUCUCCAUCCUUUAGAAUCAUGCACACACACACACACUCCCAUGUGUGCCCACCACUGAGCCUGUCCCUCAGCUGAGCUCCUAAACCAUCUCGCUGAACAUUCAGAGUAGAUAAGAAAGUUACUGAUGCCCAUGAAUCAUGAACAAGCGUGACACCUCUUAAGUGCUCCUCUUUUAAACUGUGCUGUCUGGUUUUGUCCCAUUUGUGAAGCCCUUGAUGGAUUAAGCUGAGUCAUAGCACUCGGGAGCAAUGUUAAUAUCUCACAAUGGAAGCAAAAAUAAUGCCAAUCCACCACUGGACUGUCGAGACUGCUUUAAAAAGCAGUUCAUUCAUCAGGCAUGCUCUGAUAAAACUACAGUGAAGCUACAAGGAUCAUACAUCUAAGGAAUAAAGGUGAAAUACACACUUAAAAAAGAUGCAAUGGUUCUAUUUAUAACCAUGAGUUCUAUAAAGAACUGUUUCAUGCUUAAAUGCUUCUUUGCAUGGUGAAAUCGU